UUUUGAGGGAACCGGAAGUCAUCUGUUUGUGAGCUUGACGCGUCUUUUCGCUUUUAGAGGCUGAUCCACGCGUCACACACAUCACUUGAGUGUGUGUUGCUGCAUGAGGGCGGCUGCUGCGCACUCGUCUCUCUCUCUCUCUCUCUCACACACACACAGACACACACGCGCGCGCGCGUGCGCGGAUGCAGAGACAUGAUGUGACACUCGGACGCGCGUAGUUGGCGCAUUUGUUGGCAGAAGCGCCGCCGUGUGCGUGGUGAUUUCGGCCCUCUUCUGGACGCCUGAUGCUGCUGGAGUGAGUCCAGGGAUGCUGCGGCUCGUCUGGCUGCCGGAGUGCCUCCGCGCAACCAGGGGCUGCGCCCUCCACUUCUGCUGAACGGGAGCGACGCGGAUCGGGCGUUUCUGCGCGUUUGCCGACCUUAUGAUCAGACUCUCGCCGGGGAAGAAAGCCGCUAUGGAUCCCUGCAGAGACGUUUAAGCGUCUCCUGCGGUGAUUUCGCUGCUGCGGGACUGCGACUGCGGGAGUGCACGCUGUUCCUCCUCCCCAGGCUGCAAGAUGGGGAACAGUUUCUCUAAUCUGGGUGCCUUCCAGUCCUUGCACAUAGUCAUGCUCGGCUUGGACUCUGCGGGCAAAACCACCGUGCUGUACCGGCUGAAAUUCAACGAGUUCGUCAACACGGUGCCCACCAUCGGUUUCAACACGGAGAGGAUCCGCCUGGGCGGCGCGGGGGCCUCCAGGGGCAUUAGCUGUCACUUCUGGGACGUCGGGGGCCAGGAGAAACUGCGGCCCCUGUGGAAACCCUACAGCCGCUGCACGGACGGCAUCGUGUACGUGGUGGACUCCGUGGACGCCGAGAGGCUGGAGGAGGCCCGGACGGAGCUGCACAAGAUCACCCGGUUCUCGGAGAACCAGGGGACCCCGCUGCUGGUCAUCGCCAACAAGCAGGACCUUCCCCGGGCGCUGGAUGUCGGGGAGAUCGAGAGGCAGCUGGCCCUGGCUGAGCUGAGCCCCUCCACCCCGUACCACGUCCAGCCGGCCUGCGCCAUCAUAGGAGAGGGGCUGGAUGAGGGCAUGGACAAGCUGUAUGAGAUGAUAGUGAAGAGGAGGAAGUCACUGAAGCAGAAGAAGAAGAGGCAGUGAGGGCAGGCUGAGGAAAAGAAGACUGAGGCGAAUUCUUCUGCUGCAGGAGGGUUGAAAACAGCAUAAAUAUCAUAACUGAUCACCAUAGAAACGUUGCAAGUCUCUUAUAGCGAUGCUACAUGAGCUAAAAUAUCUUCACUCAGUCAUUAGGAUCGAUAAGAUUGUAUUUCAGAGGGGCAUCAUGAAGGUAAAAUAACUUUUCUAUUCGCAGAUAAUCCUAUAAUCUGAAAAUAUAAACGAGAUAAACCCACAAAACAGUCUCAGAUCUGUGUGGAAUGUUGUAGUUUUGGUGGAUUCCCAGCGAGUCCCUGAUGUGGGAAGCGUUUCGGACCGAGCGUGGUGUCACACCAGAGAUGAUCCCCACCGAGGAGACAAAACUCCUCCGUCGGUUCAGAUCAGGCUGAGGACCACAACUUUGUUCAGUUAACCAAAAAGCUCCCUGCAGUCUUCACGCUGUGGGUAAGCAGGGCUGGUCGGGUGGAGACGAUGAGGAGAUCAGUUCUGUUGAGUAUGUGCAGCCUUGUCAAGCAGUUUUUAGGGAGGAAUCAGCAGAAUUGAUGAAAGUCACCCGACAGGCUCAUUUUGCACCUUUUGAGACCCUUUGUGAGUGGCCCUCUGAUGGGACUUCCAGGGGAAGCCGUACUGGACUGGCUGAGCUGUUUUUGUGUCCGUGAGACUCCUCCUGUGGCUGUCAGGAUCUGGACACACACAUAAAUGUAGCAGCAAACUGUUCGUAUUCCCACCAGUGGAGACGUGAGACGAGUGACAUGGCUGCAGAGUGUGAAAACGGCUUUUCUUUUCCUUUUUCACACACAUUUGGGUUUGAACAACAGUGGCCCCUUUGGAGUUCAGUCUCAUAAUUACGGAAGCCCAGUUCUGCCAGUGAAAUGAGGAAAGAAAGAAGAAAGAAACACUAUUAAAGGAAGAGGAAUUUUCUCAAAAUAAUGAGUAAUUAAAUUUUAAUGUGGCCCAAGUGUUUUUCUUUUUAUCCUCACAUGCACCAAAGUUACAGCAGCAAGUGGGUGACUCAGAGGAGGUUUAAAUUAUCACUCAAAACUGCUGAAGUUUCACAUUUUUUGACUCGACAUCUGAAGCAGCGUCUUCAGUGAUGGCGUCCAUCUGAGCCGGGUCGUUUUAUCUUCAUUUUUAUUGUUCUUAAAGUCACAUUGGCAGAAAUGGGCUCCCAUACGGAUCGAAGCUCGUGUCACUUCCUGCAGUGUUUUUUCUGACAAAAAGUUCAUAAAAAGUCAGCAAAGUUAGCAUUUUGUCUUAACUGUCCGGACUGUUGAAUGUCUCACGUGGACUGUUGUCUCAUGCCGCGUUCACGUCCAAGCAGCAGCAGCAGCAGCAGAAGAAGAAGAGUCAGGAUUGGGUUCUUUCUGCUGCAGCUCCGUGUCCUCAGAAUCAAGCUCUCUAUAUUUCGAUCAAUAGACUGCAGCAUGUUCCUCAUCUUAAAGUUGAUUGUCUUUUGAAUUUUAACAUUUAAUAUCUUGGAAUGCUACAAACCCUCCCCACGUGUCAUACUCGUGAUGACCACCGGGGGGAGGGAGGGGUUGGGGGGGGGUGCAGACGGGCCUCAGCCUGAAUAUCUGCGACGUAAACCCGACGUGAACGUGGCAUCCUUCCUCUGCAGCUCUCGGUCGAGCUGUGUUCAACAUUGCAUGACAGCCCGCGACUUCAGACAAUGUAAAUUACACAGUGCAGAGUUACAGCCAACAUACAGCAAGACCAAACGAUGUGUUACAUGCCAAAAUGGAAAUAAAAAAAGAAAGUAUUUUUGGGAUUAAACUCUUUGUAAUUGAA